AUGACGAAUGUGCUGGCUCUCCCGGUGGCCUACGUGCCGAGCCAUGCGACAACGUCGCUCUUUUCGAGCUUGCGGCAGCGCCGGCCACCAAGUGAGGAUGACUGGCCCCAUAACGAAUUUGACUUUGAGCCGUAUGUGAAGCGGGAGCUGCAGAUCCGACUCGAGUCGGACGACGAAGUGUGCCCGCGCUUUGAGCGCCACCGGCGCUGCGAGCUGGGCGGGCGCUGCACGCUGCGUCACUGCGUGACGCCGUCGCCGCAUGUGCCCGCGCUGCUUGGGCGCGAGGGCUCGCGCCGCACCGUGUGCAAGCACUGGUUGCGCAGCCUAUGCAAGAAGGGCGACCUGUGUGACUAUCUGCACGAGUACGACCUGCGGCGCAUGCCCGAGUGCCGCUUCUACUCGACGUUUGGCUACUGCCACUCGGGCGAUGAGUGCCUGCAUGUACAUAUCGAGCCGGAGGUGAAGCGCCGCCGGUGCGAGCGCUACGACCGCGGCUUUUGUGAACUGGGCCCCGAGUGCCCCAAGAAACAUGUGCGGCGCCUCGCGUGCCCGUACUACCUCGCUGGCUUUUGCCCGCUGGGGCCGGAGUGCAACCUUGGCCACAUCAAGGCGCUGAUUCCCACGCCCGAGUCGCGCGCCGCGACGCCCCUACUCACGCACCGGCCGCUGUCGAUGGCCGAGGCAUUCGGUGGCGCCCCCGGCAUCCAGGAGGUGCCAACGGAUCCUCGCACUGGACGUGCGAUCGUGCCAGCCAGGCACUGGGCCGCUGCGGCUGAGCUACGGAAGGUGCGCGCCGUCGCGAGCUGA